AUGAUCUGUAAGUUCUUUGCAAAAGGCUUCUGCUCCAGAGGCGACAAAUGCGCCUUCCCUCACAUCUAUCAAUCCGUGCCAUCUGGCCCAUCUCACGAGCUUGUUCUGGAGGACGUGGAGCCUACUGGACCAGCAGCGGAAGACUCCCGCUCCAAGAUCGCCUGCGUCUUCUUUGCAAAGGGACAGUGUAGAAAUGGCGUCAAGUGCGCAUUUUCUCACGAUAAUGUUCCAAGAGAAGCAGCGUCAGCAGCAAGUGAAGUUACGCCGCCCGUACCGGAAGAGAAGUGCACGCGAGAGCUGCUAGGUGCCUGGGUCGACUUUGGCUCAGGCGCAUCCGUCGAGAAGGUCUCACUCUUCUCCGACUUUUCUACUGCCAGCAUCCUCAACCUACCCGCUCGAAGCGAUGUUGCAGCGGUAUCGCGACUCCUAAGUCGAUUGGGGUUCGACGUUCCAAGUAUCAGCAUUCGCGUAAGAACCCAAGGCUUAGGGGGCUUGAUGUGUGCUAUCAUUCGGGCAGAAGACCCUGACUUUGCACAAUCACUCUAUGAGAAGUUCAAGAAUCCUAAUAUCGAAGAAAUAUCUGGAAUACCAGGAUUGAAGGUCGAAGUGCACAAGCCUCUCAAUCUUGAUACCAACAAGGGGUUCACCCACAGGGUGAAUUGCAAGAAAGUCAUUUGCUCCUGGCACAAACCAAUGCAACUGGCUUGCUUGACCUUUGGUUCCGAGUCUACCGAAAGUGAAGUCCGCAGUAACUUUGGAACUGGAAUAUUUACUGUGCUGGGAGCGAAAGUUUCUUGUGCACCAAGGUCGAACGCUGUACAUCACCGACGGGGGAGCAAAUUGGGAGUGCGAUAUUCAGUCAAUUCGUCACCGAAGUUGAGACUAUAUGUUCCACCACAAGCUACCGAGGACGACAUUCUCAGCAUGAUUCCUCAGAGACAGCGACCCACAAGUGUGAAACUUGAGGGACUGCAGGACCUGGACAAUACCAAGAGCGAAGUCGACUUGGUUGAAGCUCUGCUCGUGGGCAUUGGACCAUUGGAGACGAGACUCAAAGUGGAAGCAGACUCCGUUGGCAAACGAGUCAAGGCGAUGGCUCAUUUCUCGGACGAGGCAGACGCUAUGACCGCGGUUAGGUUGCUUAACUCUAAGCCCUUGCCAUUCAACAAGGACGACAGACUUAGCAUUAGUAGAGUUCAUUCUGCAACCUACAAGGUCGCGAAUCAUAUCUUCAGCGCGGUUCUUGUGGACUUCGAGAAAACUGCUCAGACCUUCAGCUCGAAAAGAGUCACUUUUAAAAGAUACCCACCGCAACAUGGGUAUGUCACAUUGAGACUCGAGAGUGAAAAGGGAGUCGAUCUCGCGAGAGCCGAGACUCACACGAACAAGCUUCUCAAAGGACGCUUAGUGUACGAUGCUGAAGGCAAGAAGCCCCUCUGGAGUCCAUCCUUCAACAACAAAUCACUGGCGAGUAGACGCCUCCGACCCAUCGAAAGACAGCAUAACGUGGCAUUCCAAUGCGUCCCAUCCAAGGCCGAGAUCCACGUCUUUGGCUCGUUCGAAGCCUCGCAGAAAGCUUGCGAUGCAUUGCUUCAGUGUUUCAGCGACGCUCCCUCUAUGAUCCACUACAUACCGUUGACCUCUGAGAGUCUGCACUGGGCCAUCCGGGGAGGAUUCAAGGCUGUCUGCGAAGUCCUGGGUCAAGAAGCUGUAUCCCUCAACAUUCUUGCGACACCCAAGCGAUUGGAGAUCAUUGGCCCGCGAGCUUCUUUCGACACGGCUAUGGAUAUCUUGGCCAAAGGGCGGUUACCUCAGGAACAGGACAUGACAACCGGAGCAGAGGAGUGCUGCCCGGUUUGUUGGACAACAGCUGAGAACCCACUGAAAGUUGGAUGUGGACAUGUGUACUGCCACGACUGUUUCGAGAACUUUUGCCAAUCUGCCGUCGGUAACGGACAAUCGGGCAUUCGCUGUCUGGCUGAUGAGGGCGCUUGCAAUGCCUUGUUCUCACUCCAGGAGCUACAAGACUGCCUGUCAUCGCUCACCUUCGAAGAGCUUCUUGCUUCCGCGGUGACGAGUCAUGUCAAAAGUCGCCCGGAUGAGUUUUGCUGGUGUCCGACCCCAGACUGCCAAACCAUAUACAGACCGACAUCGCAGGAACCGCCAAAACUCUUCAGCUGUCGAGGAUGUUCAAAGACCAUUUGCUCAUCCUGUAACGUUGACCACCACGGCAAGUCCUGCGCCGAACACAAAUACAUCACUUCAGGAGCAGCUGCAGAUGCUGACAGGAAUUUCGACAAAGUCAAGAAGCAGCUGGGCAUCAAAGAUUGUCCUAGAUGCAAAACUUCAAUUCAAAAGUCGGAUGGCUGCAAUCACAUGACUUGCAGCGCUUGUAAAGCACACAUCUGCUGGGUUUGUCUAGAGGCAUUCAAUGGUUCAAAGCCUUGCUAUGAUCACAUGAAUAGAGCACACGGAGGAAUCUUCACGGGCGAUGCACUUUACGAGGCAUUAACUUGA